AUGCGUUUAACUUUUGACCAGGGUGUUCUGAAGGCUAUAAAUGUCAACAAACUGACAUCAGCUGGGUGCACUGUGAAAAUCUGGAUUGCAGAUUGGUUUGCGCAACUAAAUAAUAAGAUGGGAGGUGACUUGAAAAAAAUAAGAACGGUUGGCGAAUAUUUAAUUGAGAUAUGGAAAGCGGUUGGAAUGAAUCUGGAUAAGGUUGAGUUCUUAUGGUCUUCGGAGGAGAUCAAUGGUCGGGCAAGUGAGUACUGGCCACUUGUCAUGGAUAUUGCUCGGAGAAACACACUUCCCAGGAUAAUAAGAUGUAGCCAGAUCAUGGGUCGCAAUGAUACAGAUGAACUGACAGCUGCCCAAAUUUUCUAUCCAUGUAUGCAAUGCGCUGAUAUUUUCUUCCUGAAGGCUGACAUCUGCCAAUUAGGCAUGGACCAACGCAAGGUCAAUGUCCUUGCAAGAGAAUACUGUGCUGAUAUUAAAAGGAGAAAUAAACCAAUCAUUCUUUCACACCAUAUGCUUCCUGGGUUGCAACAGGGACAGGAGAAAAUGUCAAAAAGUGAUCCAUCUUCCUCUAUUUAUAUGGAAGACGAGGAGGGUGAUGUGAAUUCGAAAAUAAAGAAAGCUUACUGCCCGCCAAAGAUUAUUGAGGGAAAUCCUUGUUUAGAAUACGUCAAAUAUAUCAUAUUUCCAUGGUUUGGAAGCUUCGAGGUAGUGCGAAAAGCAGAAAAUGGGGGUAACAAGGACUAUACUAAUAUGGAGGAGCUAAUUGCGGACUAUGAGAGUGGUGCAUUGCAUCCUGCUGACAUAAAGCCUGCUCUUUCCAAAGCAUUAAAUCAGAUACUGCAGCCUGUCCGUGAUCACUUCAAAAAUAAUGCUGAUGCCAAAAAGCUUUUGGAAAAAGUGAAGGCGUACAGAGUUACUAGGUGAUCAUUCUCACCUUUGUCUGGUAGCAUCUAUUGAUGUUUCCUGUAUACCAGAAACAAAGUCUCGCUCAAAGGCCAAGAAGAAGCAAACUUCACUUGAAUUUUCUUUUUGAGUAUUUUUAGUCAGGAUUCUGAAUGCUUUACAUAUGAUCUUUGAUAUUAGUGUUUUGUAGUACAUAUUCCAACGAACAUCAGGAUGCUAAGGUACCAGAGAGAUUUGUAACGCUCAAUGGAUAGAUAUCGGAAGUGAUGUUACAAAAGUUGCACAUUAUGCAUAAUCUUUUAUUUAAAGAAAUAGAUGAUAUAUCCGGAAUCCAACAAUACUCAAAUUCGGUUUAUCCAUUUUAUUUU